GUGGAGCCCGGCGGGCAGCCCCAGCCCCAGCCGCGGCGGUCCCGGGAACGCUGACGCCAAAGCCGCCUCCGGCCAGGGCAGGGACCCGGGCUCGCCUAGCCAGCUCUGACAGCUUCAUGGCCCCAGCCAGCCACUGAGCCCCACCAUGGGCAGCCUGUACUCGGAGUACCUAAGCCCCACCAAGGUCCAGGAGCACUAUAAUUACACCAAGGAGACACUAGACAUACAGGACACACUCUCCCGCCAGGUGGCCUCAGCCCUCAUCAUCAUCCUGUGCUGUGCCAUCGUGGUAGAGAACCUGCUGGUGCUCGUCGCAGUUGCUCGAAACAGCAAGUUCCACUCAGCCAUGUACCUGUUCCUGGGCAACCUGGCCGCCUCGGACCUGCUGGCAGGCGUGGCCUUUAUAGCCAAUACCUUGCUUUCAGGCUCUGUCACACUGCAGCUGACACCUGUGCAGUGGUUUGCCCGUGAGGGCUCAGCUUUCAUCACCCUCUCCGCCUCUGUCUUCAGCCUCCUGGCCAUCGCCAUUGAGCGGCACGUGGCCAUUGCCAAGGUCAAGCUCUAUGGCAGUGACAAGAGCUGCCGCAUGUUGCUGCUUAUUGGGGCCUCAUGGCUCAUCUCACUGGCUCUUGGUGGCCUGCCCAUCCUUGGCUGGAACUGCCUGGGCCAUCUCGAGACCUGUUCCACCGUUCUGCCGCUGUACACCAAGCACUACGUGCUCUGUGUGGUAACCAUUUUCUCUGUCAUCUUAUUGGCCAUUGUAGCUCUGUAUGUUCGCAUCUACUGCGUGGUCCGCUCCAGUCAUGCUGAUGUGGCUGGCCCACAGACGCUGGCCCUGCUCAAGACAGUCACCAUCGUGCUAGGGGUCUUCAUUGUUUGCUGGCUGCCUGCCUUUAGCAUCCUCCUCCUGGACUAUGCCUGUCCUGUGCGCUCCUGCCCUAUUCUCUACAAGGCCCACUAUUUUUUUGCUUUCGCCACCCUCAACUCACUGCUCAACCCUGUAAUCUACACGUGGCGCAGCCGGGACCUGCGGCGGGAGGUACUUCGGCCGCUGCAGUGCUGUCGAGAAGUGGCAGGGGUACAAGGACGGCGGGUUGGCACCCCGCACCACCGCCUCCUGCCCCUCCGAAGCUCUAGCUCACUGGAGAGGGGCACCCACAUGCCCACGUCACCCACGAUUCUGGAGGGCAACACAGUGGUUUGAGAGACAAGUGUGCUGACAACCAGGCUAUGACUGAGGGCUAACAACCAGGCCAUGGAAAGGUGCCAGGUGAUCUCAGAGAAAGAUGUGGUGCUGCCAAGUGAGAUGGUCCACUACACAGACCUGGGUGAUACUGAAAAUAUUUUGUACCUGGGAUGACCAGCUGAGGCACUGACCUGUUGGAAGAAAGAGCUGCAGCAGAGUCCUGGAGGCCACUGCAGUGACUGGUGUGACCCCUUCAGAACUGGAUUGUAGGGAGGUCUGAGGGACCUGGAAAUGGCCCAGGUAAUAGCAGGCAGGCACUCAAGAGAAACUCAGGGCAGGAGCAAUUUACAACCUGGUACAAAGGUUUUCAUUUCACAUCUGUCUUAUGUUCACCCUGUGCCAUACUCUCCUCUGUGAAUUACCCCCCUUGUCACCUGGCAACCUCAGGCUACUACCCUGGAACCACUGUCCCAAGGGACUGGAGGCCUCUUCCCAGACCAUUGGGUCAGCCCCAGCUAACAGUUCCCCGGAUGCAAAUCCACAGCUUCCCCAAAUUUCACCAGCUGGCACUUUGACCACUUCUUCCCUUUUCUCUUACUCCAUGAGAUGCCAGGAAAUCAUGGGCUGCAUGGGGGGGCCUGAACCCCAUUCUUAGAACUCAUUGGCCACUUGCACUAUUUGGGGCACAGAGAAAUCACCAAAGGCUAGAAAAACCUGUUUGGGGAGAUGAGGAGGGCUCUGGGUCUCUCAGUGGCACAGCAUGGAACUUGAGAAAGUUCUGGGGAAGCUGCCAGCCCAGGACCCUUCUACCCCCGCCAAAAUACAACCGCCACCAGGCUACUCCCACCUCCGGCCCCAGCUGAGGUACCAGCUCUCCUAAGGCAGGACAGCCUUGAAUCCACCGUGCCUCCUUUCAAGUUGUAUUGAACGGAGCAGGGAGUGGGGGUGCCUAGGACAUUUGUGGGGACUCUCCCUCAACCUGCCCCAGAAGGACUUUGCCAAAUCCUGUGGAUAGACAGAAGGGUCAUUGCGGUACAAAUGUAUAUUUAUGUGUGUCUGUCGUGUGUGUGCAUAUAUGAUGUAUGUGACUGGAUGGAUGCUAUUCUUCUUAUGUCUGUGUUGAAACUGCCAAAGAGGGGUCUAGCCCCACACAGACCCCUUCAUAAUUGCUGGCUCAUUUCCCCACUUGAGAGCUGGGCUACAGCUCACCUUGGGGAAGGAAACCACAAGCCUCAAAAUAGUUUCUUGUGAAUGCAAAGGCUGGGAGGGUCUUUGGGGGCAAGGAGCCAGUUGGGGGCUUAUCUCCCCUCAUUCAGCUCCCCAGAUGCCACCCAACCCCAUGUCUGAGACCAGGCCCAGGCCAAUA